UCUAAAGCGGCUUUCCAACACCGCAGUCGUCUUUCUUCAGGAUUCGGAUUCUGAGUCGGAAACCAUUAUCUCCGGCGGCAGUGCGAGGAGACUCAUUUAAAUUCAAAACCGGUGGGAGAGCUAAUUGCGGCAGUGGCCAGAAUGAAGUGCCUGAUAGUGUUUGGGCUGAUUGUGGCCCUGUUCGGUGCCUUCAUCGGCUACGGCUACGUGGUGUUCUCGGACCUGACCAAGCCCCUGCCCAAGCCCGAGUUCAAGGACAACACCUACUGGGGUCCUGGCGACGGCAAGGACCAUGUGCCCGACGAGAAGAUCUACGAGUUCAAGCUGCAGGUGCCCCAAGCGGAAAUCGAUGACCUGAGGCAGCAACUCAAUCGCACGCUGAAGCUCACCGAGCCGCUGGACGGGAUCGCCUUCGAGUACGGAUUCAACACCUAUGCGCUGGAGCAGUUUGUGGACUACUGGCGGGACAAGUACCUGACCAAGUGGGAUGAGCGCCAGGCACUGUUCAACUCGUUCAAGCAGUACACGACCGAAAUUCAGGGUCUGAACAUCCACUACAUUCACGAGAAGGCCUCCGAGGAAGCGAAGGCCAGGAAGCAUGUGUACCCCCUGCUGCUGCUCCACGGCUGGCCGGGAUCGGUGCGCGAGUUCUUCGAUUUCAUACCCAUGCUCACCAAGGACCAAAACAUCACGGACUACGCUUUCGAGGUCGUGGCUCCUUCUCUCGUGGGAUACGGAUGGUCUGAUGCAGCAACUCGUCCCGGCUUCAAUGCCGCCGAAAUGGCCACCGUGAUGCGCAACUUGAUGCUGCGUCUGGGUCACAAGAAGUUCUUUGUCCAAGGUGGAGACUGGGGCAGCAUCAUUGGCAGCAACCUGGCCACCCUCUACCCAGAGAACGUGAUCGGUUACCACUCCAACAUGUGCGUCCUGCACUCGCCCCUGGCCAUUUUGAAGGGAAUCUGGGGCAGCUUCUACCCGGAGAAGUACCUGCCCUCCAGGUUCUUUGUGGAUCACCACUUCCCCGUGUGGGACAAAUGGCUGGAGCUGCUUCAGGAGAGCGGCUACUUCCACAUCCAGGCCACCAAGCCGGAUACGAUCGGGGCGGCUCUGACCUCUAGUCCCGUGGGCUUGGCCUCCUACAUCCUGGAGAAGUUCCAGACCUGCACGAAUCCCGGCCUGCAGCAGGACUUCGGGGCCAUAGUGACGGUCUUCGGUCUGGAGGCAGUGCUGGACAACCUGAUGGUCUACUACCUGACCAACUCGGCCACCACGGCGGCUCGUUUCUAUCUGGAGAACGUGUCCAAGACCUACAGGGAUCUGCAGCUGGACCGAGUGCAGUCCCCGGUGCCCAUGGGCUGUGCCCGCUUCCGGUUCGACCUGCCCUCGGUGACCGACUGGCAGCUGAGGGACAAGUUCCCCAACCUAAAGCACUCCAUGUACUUCCAGCAGGGCAGCCACUUCGCCGCCCUGGAGAUGCCGGCCAUGUUGUUCAAUGACUUCACCGCCUUCGCCGCGAAGAUUGGCCUGCAUGGCGAGACGAAUAAAUAAAAGGUUUUUCUAUUACUAGCAAA